AUGGCGAUGAUGAUGACUGGCCGUGUGCUGCUGGUGUGUGCCCUCUGCGUGCUGUGGUGCCUCACUGUUUUUGGAGCUGCAAGGGACAACCGCUGCGUUGAGGAUGAUGGGAACGUAUUGACGCACACGCAUAAUGGAGGAAAUGACAGGCUGCGCCUGAAGGCGGAUUUCGGGUUGAUUUCCACCCGAACGGGAUUAAUAAAGGCGGUUGAAGCUGGGGAAAGAGAAGGAGAAGAUUUGGAAAAUGGUCAUGAUUCAUUGGAAAAUGAGGAUAAAUCACCGCAAGGUGGUGAGCCCGCUGGUAUUGGGGGCAAUGAAGCGCCUGGUGCAGGAGGAGGGCAGGGUGCCGCGGGUGCAGGAGCACCAUCCCUGCCGGUGUCUGGGCCUGGAGUGCCAGGGGCAGGUGGUGAAAACAGGCAGUUACCUGUGGCUGGUCAAGAAGGGAAUGAAAACAAAAACGUGGAUCCCAAUAACAAAGAGCCAAGGGAGUCCCAAGACCAAACCAACGAUCAAUUUUCCUCUUCAUCUGGCAGCACUUCCACUCGUUCUGGUGAAAAACCCUCUUCGACGGGUACCUCCGACAUUAACCAAUUGCCCAGGGACACAGAGACAAAAGGAGAUGUUGGCCCUCGCAAUAAUUCUGGCGAUGAUGGAGAGAGAGACGAAGAAGAAACGGGAAGAGAAAAAGAAGAAAACAAAUUACAACCCGAGACACAAGAGAGGGGAAAUAAUGGGGAGGUACCACCACCACCACCGCCACUACCGCCACUACCGCCAUCGGGUGGACCUGCAUCAUCAUUAUCAGAGAGUGAAGGAAGCUCACCAACGGAACCAAAAAACUCACAGAAUCCGAAAAAAGUAACGAACGAAAACACACCGUCAGAAUUCAAAACGGACUCAGAAGCACCGGAACAGCCUUCAGGGGAUGCUACACAAGGGCAGCACAGUCAUGACACAGACACAGAGGAUUCGACGAAGAAUGCAGCAGCCGGCAGUCCAGCAGAAAAAACAACAUCCUCAUCUACCUCUGCAAGUGGCAGCGGUGAUCAUGUCCACAAUAAGGCAGAUGAGGAUGAUGCUCAAAGCUCUGAAGGACAACACGACAGUCUUGAAACUGGCAACACCAAAGUUGUUUCAAAACUCAGUGAGACAGCACCACAAACAGCAGAAACAAUCACCGCCACUCAAACAAAUCAUACGGUAACGCCUGGCGACAGUGACAGCAGCGCCGCGGUCUCCCACACCACCUCCCCUCUUUUGCUUCUUCUUGUUGCGUGUGCGGCUGCUGCUGCGGUGGUGGCCACGUGA